AUUUCCCUCUACGUCAUGUUCGCUGUUUUCACCGCUCUCAUCCAGGUAGUUUACAUAGCUUUGGUGGGAUCAUUUCCUUUUAACUCCUUCCUAUCAGGAGUGCUCUCUUGUGUUGGAACUGCUGUUCUUGCUGUUUGUCUCAGGAUCCAAGUGAAUAAAGAGAAUAAGGAAUUCAAGGAUCUUGCACCUGAGCGAGCUUUUGCAGAUUUUGUUCUCUGUAAUUUGGUGCUUCAUUUGGUGAUCAUGAACUUCCUUGGUUAAUUUUGGUUCAUAUGGCUGUUGUUGGUUUUGAUUGAACUCUUGGAUAAUAAAAAGUAAUAGCAAUAUACCCAGACUUUUUGUAAUAGUAUUUAUAGACAGUAACUUCCAACUAACUGCUUUAGGAUUUUGUUGAUUCCCCCAUUCCGGGGUCUCUGUUUUAAUUGUAGAGAUCUUUUUCAUAUUUUGAAAUUUAAGCUACUUUUGAAUGGUGA